AUGGAGAAUUUGAACAAAAGGAAGAGUACCAACAUGGAUGAGUCGCGAAGAGUUACCAUCCUAAGGAGGAGAGGUGAGAGAAAGAGAGUAGUCCCAGAAGCUAAAAACGCGGAUUCGAAUAGGAAGUUGACCUCCUCGACAUCGCAUUCGCGUAUCAUCACCAGCUUUUCUGGCGGUAUCAUUCCUGAAUACAAGGGUUACAUGCCUCGUAUCGGCCACACGGCCUUUAUGUAUAAUAAGAACUUCUACAUUUUUGGCGGGUUGAAUGCAAAAGGUCAUUUUGUAAAUCACUUUUGCUUCCAUGAAAAGCGCAGCUUUCUGUGGAAAGAGAUGCGUGGGGUUGGAAACGUGCCAACUGGUCGUGCGAAUCACUCUUUGGUUUUCUGUGAACCACAUAAAAUCAUGAUUUAUGGUGGCCAUCGAAACUUAGAGGUAUUCGAUACUUUGUACACUUUCAACUUAUUGACUAGUCAGUGGGAUAAGAUUAACUAUGACAAAAGUAAUAGCCCAGGUCCCCUUUUCCUCCACGCCGCGGUGUACGUUCCAGCGACCAAUAGCAUGUUUGUCAUAGGUGGGUUUCACCAGCGCGCGUACAAUAUGUAUCUAGGGCAUGUGUUUGACAUUCGCAAUCGUGUAUGGUGUGGGUUUCCAGGGCCUAAGGGAGUUGAUUCACAACAAUUGCAGUUUGUUACUGCCACCUAUCACGAGCCAUCGGCGUCUAUAGUCAUCCUUGGACUUAGGGAGCGCGACACCGAGGGGCAGGAUGGAAUGGCAACGCCGUUUGUUUACCUGCUUAACGUUAAUACUUUGAUCUGGACUCGGGUGCAAACCUCCCGGUCUUCUGAGAGUCCAGUUCUCUUUCGAAUGGACGUUGUCUGGAGUACUUUUCUAUGUGAAUUUGUGAUGAUGGGGGGUUUUUACGACGAAGGUCAGCAAAGCUGGUAUUUUCCGCUUAAUUUAUCGGAGCUGACCGUCCUAAACGAGGCUGAGUCACCAGGUGGUGCAGCCUCGCCUCAGUCAAAGUCUUUGCUUGAUGUCAAUUCAAUGAGUCCCUCCACUGUGUCCUUACAGACUAAAAAAGGUUCCUCCUAUGGUUUCUUCAAAUUGCAACUGAAUGACUUCACAUGGUCUGUGGUUGAAUCGAAGUUUCCACGCAGCAUCCUGAAGGGGUUAGUGGCUAAGACUCGGGAAAGGAUAAAUGAGCAAAUUAUGCAAAGUAGUUUUGAUGAAUAUUCGAAUAUGUUUUCUCCCACCCACGCAGGCCGCCCGCGAUACCGCUCCAUGAAGCGUUCCUCUGAUAGCCUGUCACCCAAAGGAGAAAACUUGUCUUUAAAAGAACUAGCAUUGAUUUCCAGUAAUACGCUCAUGGCCACCCCUAAACCAGUAAGCAAAGCUUUGUUGUACACCGUCAAGGGCGCACCUAUUUUUUAUCGUAAAUACGCCUAUGCAGCGUAUUAUCACACCCCUAGCAAUUCUGACAAAAAAAGGGUGAGACAAUUCCAUUACCUCAUUAUGCAUGGUGGGCUGCGGCCCGGCGAGGAUUACGCUAUGUUGAUGUUUACACCAGAGAAUGGCCGUACUGGAUCACCUGCUAAGCAUGAGCGUGUUGAUUCUUGUGUGGAAGUGAGUAUUAUACGUGAUAACGAAAGUGAUUCGAGUAGCUUUUUGAAUGCCGUUCAUAACAAUUCUGAAGGCACGUUCAAACGCGUUUACGGGGAAACUCCAUUGCCGCUAGACGAUGAGAGCAUCAAUCUGUCGUUUUCCUAUCCUGAUAAUGCCCAACUUGAUGUGAAAGAUGCACUGCCAGUUAAGCUUCCUAUGAUAAGUGGCGCAAACGAUGCACUCCUGAAGACUCUCCCCGCCAGUGGUAACAAAGAAAACACAAGUCCUUUUGCCUUACUUUACCACGAAAACAACUCCGUUACCCAUUUUCCCCAUUUGUUACUCUAUCCAAACUGCCCAGUCGCUGUCUUACGCUCCAAGGCGGACGUUAACGAUUGGGCAACCUGCUUUUACUCCGACUCACGAACGUGGUUAGCGGAAAGGCUGAAAGAAGCGAUAAUGCGGGAUCGAAAGGAAAGAAAGAAUUUGCGUUUGCAGAAACAGCAUCAAAAAAAUCAGAAAAGGGACCACGCCAUUGCUCGCGGUCGUGGGGACGCUGGGCUCCAUCUGAGCAAUACGGAAAGUGAUUCCGACAGCAGCGAGGAUAGCAGCAGCAGCGAGUAUAACAUGGAAUUUGGUGAUCCUAUUCCAGGAGGUUUAUCUGGAUCCCAAGGACACAGUAAAAGGCGUGAUACUAAUUCCUCUGGCAAGAUAUUUGCCAACAUGCCAUCCCCUCAGAAUCUGAAGGACGAGGAAGAGGAGCUAUUCCAACGUGAUUUCUUUACCAGAAAUGACCUGGAUCUGUUUUCUCUCAUGCCAAGACACUUCUCCAAUGUUCUUGGUAUCAACCUCCCGAAAGAUUCAGAAGUUGAUACAGAGGAAGAAAUUAUGAAUUUAUUCAAUAACAUCGGUCCUGGUCGCCUGCACAUGAAUGUAAAGCGUCGGGCCGAGAUUCAGCGGCUUCCAAGCGCAAUUUUUCGCACCCCUUUAUCCUCAAAGAAUGAAGUUGUGCACCAUGUCGGGGACUUGGGUAGCGCUACAGCCUACGUUCUUAUGAGCAACGCAUUAAAACUGCUUGAGGGUGACUACUCACCGGAGGCCUGCGCGGCGCGGGCGCGGCUUCGGUGGCGCUUUCUGCGUGCUAUGGUUCGGACUGGAGAGGCCGCAUUUAUUCUCUACCGUGUGAAUCGAGUCGAAACCAAAAAGAGGGCCUUUCGGGUAACAAGCUCUCUUGGGCUGCUGCUAGCGCCAGAGCUGCAUUUGGUAGGCCCGACGCGGACGCACAAGGUGCCCUCGCGACCAGUCCCGUACGUCCUCCCGCGGCAACGACAACAUCUACACCUCUCAGCGGAGGUCACACCAAGCGGCAUGAUGGUGUAUAAGAACCUGAGGCGCAAUGCGAUGUAA